UUGCCAAUUUAUUGAUUUUCAUGUUUAUGGUGUUUUGCUUCUGAGUGUAUUUGAAUUUGUUAUUUUUAAAACAAUUAUGUUGUUGUGAUAAGUAAUUUUAAUAAACGAUUGCAUAAAUGAAUAUGAAUAUAUAAUUUCCAGUGAUAGAUUUGAAACGCAUUUUUUACAACUUCAACAAUGCCUUCUCUAAGACAAAAGGUGACCACAUACUUCAGGCAAUUCAGUUUUAUUGCUGACCGAGAAGAGCGUGAGGCGUCGCAAAACAAAGUUUCCAAUGGUUCAUUCAUCACGCGAUUCUUAGAUGGAACAUGGAAGCCACCAGACUCUAUACCUAUAAUUCUAAAUGGAAAGGAACCCUCUGAACUACCCGUAUAUAGCAUAAGCAAGUAUAAAACUGGGCCAGAAUCGGUUACAGCAGCUUAUACCGGUCCUGGCGAGGGAUUAACAAGUAUUCGUCGAAUGCGGGUUCAUCUAAGUGCUGGUCCUGAAAUAGAUUUCAUAGACACUCUUCAUGAACAGGAUGUGCAAAGUGAAAGAGGACCCACGAAGAAAGCCGUCAACACUAUCCCAACUAGUAUUAAAACAGACCCAAAUGCUAACAAAAGGCUACACAAUCGCAAGGAAACUUCUAAAAUGCCAGCUAAUAGCAAAGAAUUUGUUACUGAAAGUUCGAACUCAACAAAGAAACGUGAGCUACGCCUAAUAAAUAAAUCAAAUGAUCAGAUCAAUGACAACACAGAAAUUAGAGGUACUCCUGAUGACGCCAUGAGUGACCCGAUAGCUAAUGUUAAGAACUGGAAUUCGGCAAACGAAAAUGUUUAUGGAAUAUCUAUCUCCUUAUAUGAAAAAAAUAUUUUGAGUGGAGAAAACAUCGGAAAUCCUGUGGCUGAUUGUUUUGGAAUUGUAGCAAGAAACAACUGUUGUAUCAUGGCUUUGGCAGAUGGUGUUAAUUGGGGUGACGGAGCAAGACUUGCGGCGCAAUGCGCGGUACAAGGAUCGAUUGAUUAUUUGAACUCGGCCAUAUUUGGAAUACAUCACACAUCAUCAACAAAAGAUAUAUUCGUAAGUUUAGUACGGAGUUUUUGGGAAGCCCAUUCAUACAUCAUAGAAGCGAGUGGAGCGCUUACCACUCUCUCCGUUAUCGUGGUCCUGCCGUUAUUAGGUGAUCCUAAUAAUUACGUAGUUUGUAGCUGCAAUGUCGGUGACUCUUUGGGUUACGUGUAUUCUAAAAAGCAUGGGGUCAGAGAGAUAACACAAGCUUCGCACGACGUUGACUCAAUGCGUGAUAUGCGAGAUGCAUUAGGUGCUCUUGGUCCCGUAAAUGGUGAUAAACCAGAAAUGACGAAUCUCACUCUUUCAUUGACCAUCGUGGAGAAGGGCGACAUAAUUUUUCUUACCUCGGAUGGUAUCAGCGAUAAUUUUGAUCCUGUGGUAGGGAAAUUUGCAGAACCAUUGAUAAAUAAAGUUCAGUCAUCGAGCCAUUCAACGGUACAGCCUAUGCAAAAAGAUCUUUCACGUUUGGCACCUAGAAAACAAAAUAAAAGUUCAACCAGUAUAAAGCCUCAGCAAAAAGAUCUUUCCGAAUUCAGUACUCGCACUAAGCUGGGUACUGCGAUAAAACCACCUUUCCAUUCGCAAUCUCAACAGAUUAACCGUCCAGUUUCAGCGGAAAUGUCAGCGGAGGAAAACCGUCCGAUGUACAUGCGCUCUAAAACAGUUAUUGAGCCAAGACUGCACUCAAGCACUCGGGUGAUCAAAAAGUUUAAACUACCACAGGUAACAGGGGCACAAAGGCAUCAGCUGACACUACUACGAAUGGCUGAUCUAUUGAUGUAUGGCAUCAAUGGAACUUUAAGACCCUGUAAUACCGCCAAACAACUUUGUCAACUAUUAGUCGAUUUUGCAACUUGUAUUACUUCAGCUAAAAGGAAACUGCUGGAACAGCGUGAACUUUACUACAAAGUGGUUGCCAGUAAGGAUGGUUGUCGCAAGGAAGUAGAAUUUACUAAGCAUCAGCAGAAAAUCGCACGCAAACGAAUGGUCGAAGGCAGCACAUUUGCUUCACUUCCCGGAAAAUUGGAUCAUGCUUCAAUUGUAGCGUUUACUGUCGGUGUUGAACGCACAUUUAACGAAACUAAUUUGUAAUAAAUCACAUGUUUCAUAUCA